AUGCAGGAUACCCCAUCCGAGCGCACCCACGGCGACGGCUCUUCUGACGCAUACUUUCAAACUAGUGACGUGUCGGACAGCGGUGACGACGGUCGCCGGAGCCACGAUCGGUCCUCCUCCGGGAUAUUUGAGCUGGAUCCAGAUACCCCAGUCACGAGCAACAGCGGCUCCGAUCCCGACGAGCCGUCGACGCCAUUGCACGGCACUGUACGGCGGGCUCACCCAGCGCCGCUCAGUGUACGGACGCGCACACACGCACCGUCGGCCCCGCAAACUGCGCGCGCCGUACUGCAUCGCACCACCGAUUCCAGCUCGUCUACCUCUCAAGGAUACGCGUCGCCUGGCUCGGCCACGCGGUGCUAUCGCAGCACACUUCAAAACACGCCGUCGUAUUCGAGUCCACUUGCCUGGGCGCCGACCGUGCUUGAAGAUUCGCACUGCACACGCGAUCGUGUGCCGCGCCCAGGCACACGAUUUUCCAGCAUGGGUGUUGCGCUGCGGCAUGCCAAGUCAAAUUCUGGAUCGCGCGCCACGCCCGUUUCUCAGUCUCUUCCCCGCUUGCAGGGCUGGGUAACUCCACGCUGCGGCACAUCGCCGAACACCGCGCCACUAGGCACACGGCGCACUUUUCACAUGGAAGCGCAAACUUCGCGAGGCACACACCGCCGCGCUGACUCUGGCAAUGCAAACGAUCCGUGGGCUUUUUCUGUAGGCUCCCCCGUGGGUGGCCCCGAAGGCGUCGACCCUGCGCUGGUCGCUGCGAUUAGCGCGCACCCCUACUCCGUGCCUUCCGUGCACGAAUUCAACGCGUGGCACGAUGCAAGUCCGAGUGCCUCUGACGCUUGUGACAAUGCACAAGACGCCCUUGGACAUACAACCGUGCUGCAGUCCACCGUCUCGCCCAGUGGCAGUGGUAGUGCCACGCCUGAACCUGCAUUCACAAGCCCCCGCAGGCGGCGAUCGGAAGCGGUGCGUUUGCAGCGUGUUCCGCACUCUGUUGCAACUGCCAACGAUUUAGUGGUGCCGCACCGGUCUGCGCCCAGUGUCUCUUCGUGCUCGUCCCAAGGAUCCCCCCUUCCGUCACCUGCCGAACGCACCGACGAGCACACCGGGUGCCUCCAAACACCGAUUUUGGGUCUCGGACUGCGCCUGCCCGGCACCGAGAGUUCCCGCUCGCGAAGUGCGACACAGGGCGACCAAGGUGCGCUGGACACGGACGAUAAGCAGCUCGAAAUGAGUGCUGUAAUUCUCGCACUUUCACGCACGCACAAGGCCGAGCAUUGGGCGCAUGCAUCACCCGUGCGCUGGCGCGACUGGACUGAUGAUUGCUGGUGCGCUGGCGUGGUGCCUGACACUCAUGUUGUGAUGCGCGCACAGUUCUACUGGUCGCUUGUGCGAGCAAGGCUCAACACGGCAGAAAUCGGUGGCUCGAUGUAUACCCAAUUUGCCAAGCGGCUCGGCGCCGCUGCCAGCAUGCCUUCCUUGCGUGCUGUACAUGGGAAACGUACACAGAACAAGACGCCGCGCCGCGAGCACGAUGUAUUUGGCGUGCGACGCAAGCUGCACGCUGCGGAGCAGCGCAAUCGUGUGGUAAGCGACCGCACCCACACCGACAUGCCCAAGCUGCGCACGUCGUUGCGCCGACAGAACCUGACGACCUCGGCAGAUGACAGCGUAGCCGCACAGCGGCGCCAGCUGUGGAACGAAGUCGUGGAGGCAAAGACUUCGUGCGAUGCUGAUCUAGACAAGAUUGUGCAUGGCAUUUUGGAAUACUCUGAGCGCAGCACGGACGUGGAAGAGUUUGAGCCUGACGUCACGGUGAUGAUCAACGACGAGCAUGGCACGUAUCCUUUUGGGCACGAUCCACCCGACGAGAUACCCUCGCUUGCAUUGAAGCCCAUCGAGCGACUGGGCGUGAUUGCGACUGUACUGCGCGGCUUGUCGCUCCACGCAUUGCUGAUGCAGCCAGCGAUCUGCAGAGAGUCUAUCCAUGAGAUUCAAGAGCUCGGCACGCUCUGGGACGAACAUCCUGAAUGGCCGGGGCGCGGCUGGUACGUGGAGUUGCUCCUCACCGUCGCGGGCCUUAGUCGCGUCCUGGAAUGGUGGGAUGCCGAGCACCGUUUUUGGCACAUGGGCGAGGACAGCAAUGCGCGACGACAGGCCUCUGUGCAAGGAAGUCCGCGGCGCGCGUCGCAAUCUGCGACGCUUGCCACGACCAAAGAAGAACCGGAAGACGCGCAGAGCGGAUCGUCGAACACAAACGUUAUUGUAGAGCUCUCACUGGAGGAGCGAAUUCGGUACCUCAGUCCGACGUGGUACGACGUGAUUGGCACCGAUCCCGCACACCUUGUCGGCCUGCCGAUCACCUCUAUACUCUCGCCGCGCAGUGCGACCAUUUUUGCACGAGCAACGCAGCAGCUGCGCGACCAUUUUGGGUACACGGUUGAGAUUGUGUUUGAAAUGGCGCUUCCUGGUAUGCCCGACAAGGUAUACAUUAUGGAGGCGCAAGGGAUGAUUGUUCACGACACCGCCACGAAAUCCUUGUCGCACACGAUGUGGGUCAUGUCCCUUGUGCCCGAUACGCUUCCAGACGAGCAGGUUAUGGAGCAUCCGCACAUUAGCCAGAGUGUCGGAAAUUUACCCCAAGACGGGGGCGCAAUUUCCACCGAGCUGCUUCUCUGCCGGAUCUGCGAGCGCGAUAUUCCUGCAUGGUUCUUUGAAAAGCAUUCCGAGAUCUGCCACGAAAUCCACCAGCUGGAAAUGAAUAUUGGCGCUGGCAACGAGCUCCUUUUGGAACUUAACGCAUCCAUUUCUGAUUUGCAGCGCAGGCUCGAGGAGGAAAGCGCCAAGUCCACCGAUUUUGACGUUCAUGCAGACACCCACUUUUAUUACCGCGACCAUCCAUUGAUGCUCCCGCCCUCCUCCAACGCGCCACUGUCUGCGUUGGAGGGUGCACACGCAUUGGAGCUGGAGCGCACAUCGCGACCAUGGUGCCUUAAACGUGCACUUCACCUCACCGAAGAGCUUUUGCCUGUGACGGAGGAUGCAAUGUCCAUUUCUACGCCAGCCAUUAAGGAGGAAGGCAUGGGCGAUGGCUCGUUUAACAGGCUUUUGUCCCCGUUGUCGUGCAUGUACAUGGAGCAGCUGCGCUCGUGGAACAUGCCCAAGGCACACGACCCUGCACUCGACGCGAUGAUCUCCGAUGUCCGGCACGCAGUGCAGGAAAAGGUGCACCUGGUAAACCGCAUGCGCAAUACAAUUGUGUACGUCGAGACCGUGCGCAUGGAGAGCGAGCAGAUCCUUGCAGAGAUGCUGGAGCCUGUGCAGCCCGCACCUGCAGUGGUAGAGCCACACGCAGAAGAGGCGCUCGCUGCAGACGUGAAGAGUCUGUUGCACAAAGUCGAGCACGACGCGCAGCACAUGGAUGUGCCGCGCGAAAAUGACGUCGCCACUGCGCAGCGCUCGCCCAUUCCCAUUCCGCGCUCGCGCCAAUCCUCGCGCUACACACCGCCGUAUUCUCCGCGAGUUUCUCUCGACGCGCACGGUGCGGGUCAUUUGGGCGUCGAGCAAAGUCCGCGGUUAGCGUCGCCCAUAUCGCCGCGCUUCAUUCCCUCCGCACAGCCAAAAACGACAGUGGCGAGCAUCAAAGACUUUGAGCUGCUGAAGCCCAUCAGCAAAGGCGCAUAUGGAUCCGUCUUUCUUGCGCGCAAACGCGCGACGGGCGACUACUUUGCUGUCAAAGUGCUGAAGAAGUCUGACAUGGUUGCAAAGAAUCAGAUUACAAACGUACGCGCGGAGCGCAUGAUUCUCAUGAAUAGGACCCAGUCGCCGUUUGUGGUGAAGCUCUUUUUUACGUUUCAAAGUCCAGAGUACCUCUACUUGGUCAUGGAGUAUCUUCCAGGCGGCGACUGUGCUGCACUCGUCAAGGCGUUUGGCGCGCUUCCGGAGGAAUGGGCCCAGCAGUACCUCGCCGAGAUUGUGCAAGGCCUUGCGUAUCUGCACAGCACCGGCGUCGUGCACCGCGACAUGAAGCCCGACAAUCUCUUGAUCGACAAUCGCGGCCACUUGAAGCUGACCGACUUUGGCCUGUCUAAAUUUGGUCUGCUUGGUCGGCAGACGAGGGCGCGGAGCGAAAAGCAGUUGCCGCACGUCAACACGACGUGGGCACAAGCGCCAGAUACUGGAAAGGAGUCUGUACCUGUGCCGUUUGCCAGUCUCGGCUCUUCCGGCGCCGCCCAUCCCUCCGAGGAAUAUUUUAGCCGCGUCGCCCACGACGACACUGACCCGAAGCGCAUCUUUGGCACGCCCGAUUACCUGGCGCCUGAGACCAUCUUGGGUGUAGGCAUGGACGACUUUGCAGUGGAUUGGUGGGCUAUGGGCGUAAUUUUGUUCGAGUUUCUUUGCGGCUACCCUCCUUUCCAUGCACCAACGCCCGCCGAAGUGUUUGACAAAAUACUUUCGCGCAACAUUCGCUGGGAUCCGGAUGCGGAGAUGUCGCGCGAGGCGCUCGAUUUAAUCGACAAACUCAUUUGCACAGACCGGCACAAACGCUUGGGCUCGCGCGGAGUCGACGAAAUCAAGGCCCACCCAUUUUUUGAUGGGGUUGUGUGGGAUACGCUUGACGAGAAGGACGGUCCCUUUGUGCCGCAUUUGGAAGAUGCCACUUCCACUGACUACUUUGAUCCGCGCGGCGCAAUGCCGCAAACGUUUGACGACGAGCCUGCCGACCCGUCCAAAUUGGCCCCCGCGUCGUUGCCAUCUGCGCACCAGAUGCAGCGCACGAGCUCGAGUGGCCAGCAUGUAUCGUCCAACGAGUUUGGCUCUUUUACUUACAAAAACUUGCCCGUGCUGAAGCAAGCAAACGACAAAAUUGUGCGCCGUAUCCUCACGGAGCAUAGAUCCGGAGACUUUCCGUCUAGUCUGGGACGCAUCUCGCCGCAUGAGUCUGAAGAAAACAGGAACGGAAUCUGUCUGCACCGACGCUCGCUUUCCGACUGGCCGAUACACGCCAAACACUUUGCAAUGCCGCGCUCCGUUUCGUUCCUCUCAAACGCAUCGCCGAGUUCUGGUGCCGUUUCUAUUUCGUCCCAGUCGCAAGAGACCGACGCGUUGCACGUACUGGUUGGCGACUCCAACCCUGUGUCGCGCAGUAUCCUGCACGCAUCCUUCUUGCAGGCCCACGCUGCUGUCACCGCCGUGGGCGACGGCGCAGAAAUGUGCCGCUUGGCCAUGGGCGGUGUACGAUACCAUGCGCUCUUUGUAAAGCUCUCGCUGCGUGUGGUGAAUGGGCAGGACGUUGCAAGAAUGAUAAAAUCUACACGUAACACAAACGCUACCACUCCUAUCUAUGCACUCGUGCUUGAGAGCGGCAAUGUGUUGGACGUCGCAGGCAGUAUCUUUGACGAUGUGCUCCCAUUACCGGUUUCCCAAGCACGCAUUACCUCUAUCCUGUCAUCGCUCCAUGAGGAUGAAGAAUCAACCUCUUAUUUUAUGAGCCAAUCCGGCAUGCCGCUGCGAGACGACGACGCUGUCGCUGGCCUCGGCAUGGACCGACUGGCACUGUGA